AUGGAUAAAUUCGGGUCCGGCUACUAUAAAAAGGAGUUGUCGCCGGUGUUCACGAUGAAGGGGCUGAAUCAGACUGGUGAACCCGUUCCUCGAUUAAAAACUCAAAUUAUACUGGUUUAUUUGAGGAUUGUGAACUUGGACCCACAAGCUCAAGAAAUGGCCGUAAUCGUCGAUUUUUCAUAUAGAUGGCCCGACCUACGGCUACGCUGGGAUCCGGCCGACUACGGUGGCCUGGACGUAUUCUGGUUGAAGGCUGAUCAAGUAUGGUUUCCGGAGAAUGUCAUCAGCGAUGUCCAGGCCAUCAACGAUAUGACACCAGAAAACCAGCGGCAAGUGAAAGUAUUUUCCAACGGAAGUGUUUGGUACUAUUUUGCAACGUCGGCACGGGCUGCAUGUCAAAUGGAUGUGCGCGUCUUCCCCUUCGAUACCCAGGACUGCACGCUCGGCUUCUCGGUGCUGACGUACAACCCGGAUUUUGUGACCUCAACGAGCGAGUUGUCCCCAAACUUUUUGACGUCACAGGAAACGGGCAACGGCGAAUGGGUUGUCAAAAACGUCUCGACCUUUUCGGAAAUGAUCGGCGGCCAAACGUUUGCCUAUGAAUAUGUCGGUUUCAACGUGCAGCUUAAACGUCAACCGCAGUACUACGUCUUCGUCAUUAUCCUUCCGUGUUUUGUCUUGACGAUGUUGUCGAUCGUUGGCAUGUUCUGGAAUGCGCACGUCAAGGAAGAGAAGCUCACCAAGUUGAGCAUCGGCCUGACGAGUAUGAUGUCAAUGACCCUCCUGCUCGAUAUGAUGUCCAAAGAAAUACCGAAAACAGCCACUUUUCCGCUACUGGGAUUCUACGUAAUUUUCUCGAUCGCGACGAUCGCAUUGGGCUGUGCUGUCGUAGUCAUCGUCAGCUCACCAAGUCAGCCGCAUAAGAAAAAGCCUCUCUCCGACAAACUCCGAGACUACCUCUCCUCGAAGACGUUCGUCCUCCAAUUCGCCUUCCAACUCCUCAACGCCAUCAAUUUCAUCGUGCUGAUGUCAUUUUGGUGGCGGAGU